AUGUCUUGCCGAAACACCCCGCGAACACCCAAAAAUCCCAUAAGAAAUGCAACGCCGAAAUCUUCAAGCAAGCCACCGCGGAAACGCGAUUUCUCGAGUGAGUCGGGAAAACUCCUCAACACGGCCUUCUCAGUGGAGAACAGGAGUGCCAAGAAGAGGAUCCAUCUUCCUCCAGCCACGGACUCCUUCACCACAUCGACGACUACGCCUAAGCGCGAGAAUCCGCGGUAUUUCUUCACUCCGGAGUGUUUUGCCAACGUCUCGAUGGACGCUUCCGGGAAGGUGGCCGGGAGGACUUCGGCUGGCCAGGAGGAGGGCCAGGAAGUGAGCAAUCUCACUGUGGCGGUGAGAGUGCGACCGAUGAACAAGCAGGAGCUGACGAUGUCUGGCGUGGGAAAUGUGAUCCAGGUGGAAAACAAUGAGGUCACUGUUCUCGCGGGAACAUCUGCCGACAGCUCGAAUGGUAUCACUCGAGGAUUCGUCUACGACUGCGCCUUCUGGUCGUGCAACUCGCAGCAUCACGGGUACGCGGACCAGAAGGCCAUCUUCGACAGCAUCGGAGCGCCGCUGGUGGACAGAGCCUUCGAGGGAUACAACGUUUGUCUCUUCGCCUACGGACAGACAUCGUCCGGGAAGAGUUACAGCAUGAUGGGCAUUGACACUGGCGAUAGCGAUGUAAUUCACCCCAAUUCCGAGGUCGGCAUCAUUCCGCGCUUCUGCCAUGAGCUCUUUAGGCGAAUCGACGCCAUGGGCGGAAAGAUAAUGGCUGAGGUGGAAGUGAGCUACUUUGAAAUCUACAAUGAGAAGAUCCACGACCUUCUCAGCGUGAGCUCGAGUCGCAACACCACACCGAAUGGGCGGAAGAGCGCUCUGAGGGUGCGAGAGCACGCCUUGUGGGGACCGUAUGUUGUGGACUUGUCAGCUCAUCCGGUGGACUCGUAUGCGGCGCUGAAGACAUGGAUGAUUCUGGGCAACAGUCAGAGAGCCACGGCGGCCACUGGUAUGAAUGACAAGAGCUCAAGGUCUCACUCCAUCUUCAACAUUGUCCUGAAUCUCUGGGAGCGCGGCGACGAUAAACGCCAACAGACUCGACGCAGCAAGAUUAGUCUGGUGGAUUUGGCUGGCAGUGAGCGCAUGAAUCCCACCUGCACGAGUGCAGAUCGGCUCAAGGAGGGCAUCAGCAUCAACAGAAGUCUCCUGACCCUCGGGAAGGUCAUCGCAGCGCUGGCGACAUCGAAGAAGGGCUCUCUCGGGCACAUUCCCUAUCGCGAAUCCGUGCUCACGUGGCUACUCAAGGAGAAUUUGGGCGGAAAUUCGAAGACCGUGAUGUUGGCCACGAUAUCACCGGCCAGCAUUCAUUUGGAGGAGACUCUGGCGACGCUGCGAUACGCCUGCCAAGCGCGUGCUAUCGUGAAUCGCGUGAAGGUGAAUGAGGAUCCGCAUGACAAGAUCAUCAGGGAGUUGAGGGCUGAGGUGGAGCGAUUGCAGGUGUUGCAGCAGGAUUACGAGCGCCAACAGCAGAGGAAUGCAGUGACGGAGACUGGAGCUGUGCGGCACAUUGUGAUCGAGACGAGUGGCGGCGUAGACGAGCGCGAACUGGAAAAGCUGAGGAAGGAAUUGAGUCAGUCGAAGCAGGAGCUGGCCAAGGCCCAGAGAUCCUGGAUGGAGCGUCUUCGUGAGGCAGAAUCAAUGCGCAAGAGCGAAAUGGAGGUACUUAAGCGGAAGGGAUUGACUCUGGGAUCGGAAGUGUCGAGGAAAGAGACGUGCCUGGUGAAUCUGGAUCCAGAUCACAUACUCUCGGGCACACUGGUGUUCAGACUUCCGCUGGGGAAGGUGAAAUUGGGCAGAAAUCACCCCACGUCGAAAGAGCAGCCAGAUAUUGUCUUGGAAGGUCCUUUGGUGUCGUUCAACCAUUGCGCGUUCGAGAACAAUGCCGGCAUCCUCUAUUUAACACCACUUUCGCUGGACUUUGAGACGUUCGUCAAUGGACAAUUGAUUGAUGGCCGAACGGAGCUUCACCAUGGCGAUCGCGUGAUUAUCGGUGGAUCACACUACUUUCGUGUGUCGAAUCCCGCUGAAGGACGUCCUGAUGAGGCGCUCUUUGACUUCCAUCAGGCUCAUCUGGAGUUCCAGUUGGAGCAGGAGAAGAGACUGCGCGAGGAGGUGGACGCGGAGAAGCGGAACGCCGAGAGAGAAAUGCAGAAGGAGCUGGAUUCACUGCAGAGGGAGGUUGAGCGUCUCAGGACACGCAAGGAGUGCGUGGAAGUUGAACUGGAGAUGCUGAAGGAUUGUGCUGAGAGGCCAGAUUUGGAGGUGCAUCGCAAAUCGAAUAUUCUGGCGGAUCUACAGAAUAUCAUGAUGCAUCCCAGUGAGGAUAGUUUGCACAAAAUACAGCUGCAAGUGAAGGAGGCAACGCAGAGAUGCAGGGAUUUCGGAUUGAGGGAAUUUGAGUUCCGACAGAGUCAAGUGUGCGAUGAGUUUGGACUGUUCAAGGCUGUGGUGAAUAUUGUGGACAGGAGGAGCAAGAGGGUAGCAGAUUGGCCACCGGCGCGACUUGAGGUGUGGCUCGAGAUGAUGCGGAAUGCCGAGAUGGAGCCCUCGAGGGUGUUUGAGGUGUUGGACGUGGAAUGGAGGAGCCUCGAUGAGGCGAAUGAGAAUGCUCUGAAUGAGUCCAUCAACUCUGGAAAGAGGAUUUCACUGAGUCUCAGCAGUCGCCUGGGAAACAGAACGCCUCCGUCACGUAUAAAAUCUGCCCUGAGCUCGUCUCACAAGAAAUCUGGAACUCCUUUGAGUGCUCGGAAUCAGACGCCCGGAGACUUCCCGAUCAAAGCCAGACCGUACUUGAAGGACCUCAAUGUGGCCAUGAGCUGCUUGAAGAAUCUCUGCUGUGACGAUCAGAUGAGCAACAGGAGUCGAGAGAUGCUCGGGAUGAUCGAUGAGAUGGAUGAAAUUGUUGGCCGAAUGACUCAUUUGAUCAGAGAGAAGGACAGUGAAGCUAAAACGCCAAAGACGCCCAAAUCCGUGAGGUUUCGCUUCGACUGACUAGGCUAAUGCAUCAAGGAAAUAUAUUUCCCACAUUUACUUACAUCAAUCCAGUCGAAAUCCGUGACUUUUGAACUCAUAUUUGCCAAUUGAACUUUUGAACGCUUAAGAGAAUGGAAUAAAGAUAUGUGAAAUUUACAAAAAUCUGGAUAUUUCUGUGUUGGUGAAAGUGAAAAGUUGCUAAACGGAGGAGAAAUUUGCUC